AUGUUGUGUGGAUAUGAGGCCCUGGGGAGGGAUAGGAGCAGUGGUGUGCUGGAGCCAGCUCUCAUUGACUUGGAAAGGCUGAUUGUUCAACUUCAAGGAUGAGUCUUGAAAAUGAAGUAGCAGGAGGGGCAGACACUCAGAGUGAGUUGUAGCUACAAUCCCCAGAGAGCUGAGGAGUGGUGGAAAACCUGGUGUAAAUUGCAAGAGGAUGCAAAGGUGUGUGGAAGACUAAUUACCAGGAAGUCAGUCUUAACUUGGCAAGUUAGGGACCCACAAGUAUCCCUGGAGGAUGACACCUACACUGGUAUCAUCAUCAUCACCAUGUAUAACCUCAGGGUGAAGGACUCAGGCAUGUCUUGGUGUGGAAUCUAUGAUUCUGCCAACAGCACCAUUGAUAUUAUCAGGAGAAUCUGGCUGGAGAUUUCUCCAGGUAAACCUAAGGGUCACUCACCCCACCACCACACCACUUUCCCUGUGGCUAUGUCUCACUUUUCUUCUUUUCCUCUGUCCCAUAGCCUACCACACUCUUUCAUUUUCUUCAGUUCCCCAGUUAUCCAAGUGCUAUGUGGGCUCAUUGUGACCAAAGGCCUAGUCUUAACAGCUCUGGUUGUUCUGCUGGACAGGUGA